AAAGGCCUUACAAGCAAAAGAUGGUGAGUAGAUGGGAACGUGUGGCAAAAUAGUUCACCAACUCUUCUUCCAUUAUUUCUCAUCCAUUCAUCUCACCAACAAAUUCUCUCCCCUAUACUUCUAUAAAGAGAAACUCGUAUAAAACAAUCAACUACAAGAGAAUCAGUAGGCAAUAGCAACAACAAAAGAGAAAGCUCAAAAAAAAAAAAAAAAAAAAAAAACAAAGGCCAAAACAGCUAGAAAGAUUAACAAUGGAUGAUGAAGUGCUGCCUGCAGUUUGUGUUCUUGAUGCUUCAACCUAUGUGGGUUUCUGGAUUCUCAAGGGACUCUUGAGCAGAGGCUACACAGUUCAUGCAGCAACCCAGAAAAAUGAAGAGACAGAAAUAGGCAAGAAAAUAAGAGAUAUGGAGAAAGAAGAAGAGAAAUUGAUAGUAUUUGAUGUAGAUAUUUUGGAUUACCAUAGCAUUCUUAUUGCUUUAAAGGGUUGCUCAGCUUUGUUUUGCUGUUUGGACAGCCCAGAUGGAUAUGAUGAUGAAAUUGUUGAUUUGGAAGUUAGAGGAGCAAUCAAUGCAGUGGAAGCUUGUGCUCAGACUGAUAGCUUGGAGAAAAUUGUGUUUACUUCUUCUUUAACUGCUGCAAUUUGGAAGGAAGAUGUUUGCUCACAGGAAGAUGUUGAUGAAAAGUGUUGGAGUAAUCAAGAAUUUUGCAGGAAAUUAAAGUUGUGGUAUGCACUUGCGAAGACACAAUCAGAGCAGGCAGCUUGGGCUUUAGCAAUGGAUCGAAUGCUUGACAUGGUUUCUAUUAAUGCUGGGCUAGUUUUGGGCCCUUCUGUUGCUCAACAAAACCCUAGAUCAACUAUCUCUUACCUCAAAGGAGCAGCUCAGAUGUAUGAAAAUGGAGUGAUGGCAAUCGUAGAUGUGGAGUUCCUUGUUGAUGUUCAUAUUAGGGCUUUUGAGGACAGAUCCACAUGUGGCCGAUACUUCUGCUUCAACCAAAUUGUUAAUACUGAGCAAGAGGCUCUCAAACUUGCCAACAGCUUGACCCCUUUAAUCUCUUUACCAACAAGGUACGAAUACCAAGGAAACGAAGUGCAGGCGGAGAGACUAAGGAACAAGAAAUUGAACAAGUUGGUUGAGGGUACUGCCUAUUAAUAAUCAUUUCAUGCAAUUUUUGUAUGUGUUGUGUGGCUAAUAUGUUAUUUGCAGAUGUAAUCUCCUACUUCAUGCAAAUAUAUUUUACCAUUAAUAAAGAUUGGUUUUAUCUUUAUUUA